CGGCAGCCUGAGAGAUCCGAAAACCCGAGGCGUGGUCCCUUCCUGUCUCAAGAUGGAUAACAAGAAGCGCCUGGCCUACGCCAUCAUCCGGUUCCUGCACGACCAGCUCCGGCACGGGGGGCUCUCAUCCGACGCCCAGGAGAGCUUGGAAGUUGCAAUCCAGUGCCUGGAGACUGCUUUUGGGGUGACUGUGGAAGACCAUGACCUCACUCUCCCUCAGACCCUUCCGGAAAUAUUCGAAGCAGCCGCCGCGGGCAAGGAGGUGCCACAGGACCUGAGGAGCCCCGAGCGAACCCCACCUUCAGAGGAGGACUCGGCUGAGGCAGAGCGCCUCAAAACUGAAGGAAACGAGCAGAUGAAAGUGGAGAACUUUGAAGCCGCCGUGCACUUCUACGGCAAAGCCAUCGAGCUGAACCCGGCCAACGCGGUCUAUUUCUGUAACAGAGCCGCGGCCUACAGCAAACUCGGGAACUACACUGGGGCUGUGCAGGACUGUGAGCGAGCCAUCUGCAUAGACCCAUCCUACAGCAAAGCCUACGGCAGGAUGGGCCUCGCGCUCUCCAGCUUGAACAAGCACACCGAGGCUGUGGCCUACUACAAGAAGGCCUUGGAGCUGGAUCCUGACAACGAGACCUACAAGUCGAACCUCAAGAUAGCCGAGCUGAAGUUGAGGGAGACGCCGAGUCCCACAGGAGGCGUCGGCAGCUUUGACAUCGCUGGCCUGCUCAACAACCCCAGCUUCAUGAGCAUGGCGUCCAACCUAAUGAACAACCCACAGGUUCAGCAGCUCAUGUCCGGCAUGAUUUCGGGCGGCCACAACCCGCUGGGGACUCCCGGCACCAGCCCAUCACAGAACGACCUGGCCAGUCUCAUCCAGGCCGGCCAGCAGUUCGCCCAGCAGAUGCAGCAGCAGAACCCAGAGUUGAUAGAACAGCUCCGGAGUCAGAUCCGGAGUCGGACCCCCAGUGCCAGCAACGACGACCAGCAGGAGUGACCGCCCACCCCUCCCAGUGCCACCAGUUCUUUCCCACCGACCGGAGGCCGUCUCGCAUUUUGCCGUCUUCUCCCCUUGGACCACCCAAGAGAGAAAAAGAAACAGAAAUCGGACCUGCAUGUUAAGAUGGAUUUUUGUUACUCCCUCCGCCGUCCCCUCCCUGUUUGUAGUCUCCCGCGGCCCCUAGACCCUUCUCGAAACAGAGCCAGCAAGCUGUGAACGCAGACCAGCACUGACCUCUCCCAGCCCCCUGAAAACUCCUCCAGGGAAGCGUCUUCUAGAC